UUGUUAAUUUUAGGCUUUAGUAAACAAAUUAGUUGGCCAUGGCCGGACAGAGAAAAACAUACUAGCAGCAAAGCACCGCCAUUCGCUAAAAGCUCUUUCCACUUCAUUCGCAUGAAUGCUCUCAUCUAUAAAACCCUAAUUCCCUCCAUCUCCCUUCGCUUAUCAACUCGUUUGACUUUGAUCCUCAACUCAUUCCUUCACUUCAAAGCACCCUUACCUCGAGCCAUGAGUUCCUACUCUCCCCAGCAAGUCUUCCAACUCAAACUCGACCCACUCACUGGAAACUCAGAGUGGGUCGUCAUCCAAGACAGCGACGAACUCCCAGAAUGUUCCAAGGAACCACUUUUAGCUUCGACGUCGUAUCUCGACAUGCUCAACGAUUCUCACCGGAACAAAGCCUUCCGUUUAGCCAUUGACAAAACUGUAACCAAACCUUGCCACGUGCUCGACAUCGGUGCGGGAACUGGGCUGUUGUCAAUGAUGGCUGCGCGAGCAAUGGGAUUAAACGGAAGGGUAACAGCAUGUGAAUCUUAUCUUCCAAUGGCGAAGUUGAUGAGGAAAGUAUUGCAUCGAAAUGGUAUUGGGAAAAAUAUCAAUCUUAUUAAUAAGCGUUCUGAUGAACUCGAAGUUGGUGUUGAUAUUCCUUCUCGUGCUGAUGUGCUCGUUAGUGAGAUAUUGGACUCCGAGUUACUGGGGGAAGGGCUGAUUCCAACUCUGCAACAUGCACAUGACAAGCUCUUGGUGGAAAAUCCACUAACAGUGCCGUACCGAGCUGUUACUUAUGGCCAGCUGGUUGAAAGUCCAUACUUGUGGAAGCUCCAUGAUUUAUUUGGUAGUGAAGCAAAAGCAUCAGAUGGUAUUCAUCUUGUUCCUACAGGCUUGGAGACCGUUAUACAUUUCAAAUUGCAGCAGCAUCCAAUGCAUUGUGAUGCUAUAAGGAAAGAAAUAAAACUGCUCUCAGAACCCUUCAAAAUAUUUGAAUUUGACUUUUGGAAACGGCCAGACAGCCAUGGGAAGACUAAGGUGCAAAUCAAGAUGACAGAUACUGGUUGCAUUCAUGCUGUAGUUUCAUGGUGGAUUCUUCAACUUGAUCGUGAAGGAACAGUCUUUUAUUCCACUGCUCCAAGCUGGAUAAGUUCAGCAGCUAAAAUAGGAAGUGGGAAUUGGUGUGACCACUGGAAGCAAUGUGUCUGGUUCCUUCGAGGGAAAGGUAUGCCUGUAUCAGAGGGAGAAGAAGUUCUUUUGGAAGCUACUCAUGAAGAGACUAGUGUCUCAUAUAAUCUCAGUGUCCUAGGCUCUCAAACUGACAUAAGGGAGCAUGACCAAAGAAUUGGGGAUUUUCAGCUGUUAGUGUCACCAGAAAGAAUUGCAACUUAUGGAGACAGUGAAUGGCGAUUGUCCAUGUUGGCAGCAGUAAGAAAAGCUUUGCAGGGAAGAGUUAACCCAUUAUGUGUUGUUGCGGAUGAUAGCAUUUUUUUAACACUUCUUGCUGCAAAUCUUUCGAAAACAUCACAUGUAAUAUCAUUGUUUCCUGGGUUGAGAGACAAGGGUGCCAAAUAUGUGGAAACUGUUGCUAAGGCAAAUGCUUUUUCCAUGGAUCGUGUUGAAGUUCCUGAAAAGUGGAAAGCAUGUUUGACCAUGCUUGAUACUCAUGGGAAGAAGGUUGACCUGUUAAUUGGAGAACCGUACUAUUAUGCAAAUGAAGGAAUGCUUCCAUGGCAGAAUCUGCGAUUUUGGAGGGACCGUACCUUGCUUGAUCCUGUCCUUUCAGAGGAUGCAUUGAUAAUGCCUUGUAAAGGAAUACUGAAGGCCUGUGCUAUGUCUCUCCCGGAUCUUUGGAAUAGUCGCUGUUGCUUAGGUGAAGUUGAAGGCUUUGACCAUUCUGUAGUAAAUACUACCUUAGGGGCCUGUGGUGAAUUACCAGCACCGAAAGAGAGUCCCUGUCUUCCUUUCUGUGUCUGGCAGUGUGGUGAGAUUAAGGAGCUAAGUGAGAUAUUUACCAUCUUAGAGUUCGAUUUCUUAAAACUAAUGACUUCAUGUUAUGGAAAAGCACAGGUUCAAUUCACUGAACAUGGUAUUUGUCAUGGAUUUGUUCUAUGGAUGGAUUGGGUGAUGGAUGCUGAGAAUUCUAUUGUAGUAUCAACCAGGCCAGACCACAGAUAUUGGAAGCAAGGGGUUAAGCUUCUGACCAAACCUGUCGCAGUUGGAAUCCAUGGAUCGAAAACCACCAAUGAAUUUGGUUCUACCAUAAUCGAAGCAUUCUUCGAUCCAUCAAGUAGUGAACUCAUCAUUAAACACACAUUUUCAUGACUCCUAGCUUCAUCAUUAGGCUCAUAACGAGAGCUGUACUAGUCUUUAUUUUUCUUUUUAACUAAUGGCCAUGAGCUGCCCUCAAGAGAGUUUUCGAUUAAAACCAUUUUUAUAGUCUCUAUUGGAAUUCCGGUUCCCAUGGUUUCAGAUUGA